AUGGCGGUUGAAGCUCGGCAUCUCAAUCUAUUUCCUCCUCAAAUUAUCAGCAACAGAGAUAUGGUGAUGAACGGCGUCGAAGGUAACGGAAACGUGUUCGGUGCUCCGUCGGGCUACGGAGCGGUUGCUCCACUGUCGGGGACGGCGGCGGGAUUGGAGACUGUCGUUCCGAUCUACGGCUUGGCGGUGUCCGGCGGCGCUUUUACGGUGAAAACACAGGCGGUGAAAUCCGACAGCGGUCUGACCAGUGUUCCGGUCUCGAGAAAGCGGCCGAGGGAGGCGAUUGGCACACUGCUGUCGUCGUUCCCGGGCGGCGCCUUUCAGAACCAGAGCGUGAUUAACCGUUGCAGUGGUUUUACCUUCCUCGGAGAGGAUAUCUCGUUUCAGAUCCAACAGCAGCAAUUGGAAAUCGAUCGGUUUAUCGCACACCACACUGCGAAGGUGAGGAUGGAAGUCGAAGAGCGGCGGAAGAGGUAUGCGCAGCGGAUCGCGGCGGCGGCGGAGGAGACCGUUCUGAAGCGACUGAAAGCCAAGGAGGCGGAAAUCGAGAAAAUCGGAAAGCUCAAUCACGCGCUCGAGGAGCGGGUCAAAUCC